AGAACAGAAGAAUCGGAGGGAAAGGUUGUAGAGGUACUUGAGCGACUGUUUGGUCUUGGUAUGAUCCUACUGAGUGCUCUCCUGAGGAACCGUCUGUUUCUGUGAGGGGUAAGAAGAGUCAAGUAGAGCCGAUUCAUUAAUAUCCUUCUGGGCACCGUCGACGGUUGUACGCGAGCAUUUUGAUGUGGAUCUUCACUUCUUGCAGCGAGAACUGCGGCAUGUUCGCUGUCGAGAGGCAUGCAAGCUGGAGUACAAUGGCACCGCAGCCGAUCUCUCCCAACACGACUUCCCGCCCUUGCUGGUACACCAACGCCCAUGUCGACGGGGCGACGUACGACAACAACGGACUGCGACUCUACGAUUCCGCUUGUGGCCCGGAAGACAAGGUUGAUAUCAGCCGUUCUGGCGACGUCCACGGCGAAUUGCACCCCGGAUGGCAGUGCACGCACCUCCACCAGCACUCGAAGCAGCCGGCAUUCCGUUCACCAGCAAUCGUCUUCUCUCGUCGUCCCUACAAACAGAUCCUCGGUCGUUGGUGGCACGACCGCUACGACGACCACCAAGCUCGGUGCCCAGCAAGUUCAAGUGAAACAGCAGGAGAAGGAGGAGAAGAAGCGGCUGAGAAAAAUGCAGAAAGAAGCGGAUCGGGUUCGCAAGGAACAAGAAGCAGAAAUUGGCGAGGUAGGGGAAGCGCUGAAAAACCUGGUGCAGACGCACAUCGGGUUCGUCGCCAGUAUUUUGCAAAAGUACCCGCAACUCGAGCAAGGGCUCGGGGCUUUUCUGUCCUUGUCCAAGGGGUCCGACCUGGUUCGGGUCUACAUCAUGCAGCAGCGCGUUCUUCCCAGCUUUUUCCCGAGCCUGCCUUACUCCAUGCGUGUCGACAUCGAGCGGCGCCUUGGCGGCAUGGAGCGUGUGAAGGCAGGCUGGCAGGUGGAGCGCUGCCUUCAGCUGCUCAUGACCGACGACUCCGGACUGGUCACCCCCGCAAUGUUUGCCGAGGCUGUCGCCCGGGUCAAGAAAACUUGCGAGGACCUCGGCGGCAUGGCAGAAGUUGUAACCGCUUCAAGUUCAAGUGCGAGUGCAGCAGCAGUUCCGACCGAUCCGACAGGACUGGUCCUUCUGGCGCAGCAGAUGAGCACCCCCAGCGGCGGCGCGGGUACUAAAAGUUCUUGUAGCGAAGAUCGUACAAGAGCAGGAGCGGGUGCGGCGGCCAAGGAUCUGUCCACCUCCGUCGAAAAUCGUAAAAAGAAGCUUGCGUGCUUUCUGCUCGAACACGCACUACGCAAACAGCUGGAGGCUUGGGAUCACGAAAUCGCUCGGAUCGAGCAAGACAAGUGGCAGGCGUUGUACACAAUGAUGGAUGAGCGGUUUCUGAAUCGCAGGGACGCCGCCGGAAACCCGGUAGUGUUUGCCGCGGACGACGAAAACUACCUGCUGGACCUCCGGGACGAGCUGAUGCGCCGAAUGGAGCUGGAAAAUGGCGUCUACGGGCUGAUUCUCCGUCGGGCGAAGACCAGCUACGCAAAUGCGCGGCUGACAAUGGAGAAGCGCGUGCCGAUGCAGCCCUACGAAGUUACGGUUCCGGACUUCGCGUAUUUUGUUAGUUUGGAUAAUGCCGUAAAAAUAAGUAUAUAAUGUUCGCUGUGGCCUUUGGAGGCGAUCGUCAUCUGUGGGGUCCACAUUCGUCCUAGAAAGUGUAGUGAAGAAUUAUGUCGCAAUGUUCUUCGAGUUUCUGUCCUAACUUAACCAUAUUUAUCUUUUGCAUGGAGGAAACUCACUAAUAGCAAUCUCCACUUCCCUAUCCGCAACUCCCAGAUCGGCCUUGGACUUGGUAGAGCGGGCUCGUCGUGAGAUUGAAGAGAAGAUCGCACACUUUGCAAGGAAGGCGGAGGACCUGCACGCACAGAUUCUGCAAUUCAUCAGCCGACGCAAACUGCCCGACUGGGUGCAUGUCCCGGUCGAGCGGGAAGAUCACUGGCGAGAUGUCUGGGAUGCCGUGGCCCCGGUGGAAGUUUUUGAGGCGGCCAACACCAAGUCUCCAAAGAAGGGCAAGCUUCAGCCCGCGUCCCCGACUGGAAAGAAACAGCCCCCGCCUGAGCAGAGCCGACCUAGCCGGAGUGCCGUUUUUGUUGUUGCGCGGGCGCUUGCUUGUUCGUUAUCGUGACAUCAUAUAUAGUUGUUUUGUUUCGGCGGAAAUUGUUCUUGUGUGUGCGAAGUCUGCUUUUGCAAAAGUUUUUUUUUUCUUCAGGUGAUAGCGCGCUGAUGCUGAUGCAGCGGCUGGACCGCAUGGUGCAAUUGGUUUGCGACGUGAAGGAGGAGAUCGAAAAAAAGUGUCCGAUCUGGGAAAUCGACGGGCCGGCGGUGGGGCGACCCUUGGGGAACUUCGUGCAGCAUUUGUCGGAGCUUAGUGAGCGGCUGCUGGAAAUUCUGGACCACGAUGAGUCGGAAACCGAUAGUGAGGAAUCUUCUUCCACCAGCACACCAGAGCGAUGCGAGGAAGGCACGAAUGCAAGUGGGGAGAUGACAUUCCAAGCCGCAUCCAGUGGCAGCAUUAACACCUCCACGACCCGCAGCGCCGCUUCGUCCAGAAGAAGCUCAGUGCAGCUGCUCCCUGAUCUGGCGCCGCAGCGUACCACUACAGUGCCUGGCGCGAGCGACAGCAGCAGUGUUCAGCUUCGUAAGCUGUGUAAGCAAUGGGACCAGGACUUCCGUUUGUGCUUGCAAAAGCACCAGGAUCCCGUCAGCAGUGUGUUUGAGGAGCACGGGCCCUACUUCGUGCGCCGCAGAAAUUUUCUCAGUCUCUCGAAAUUUCGGGCCGUAGCGGAGUCGUGUUUCGCGGUGCGCCUCCAUUUUCAUCCAAGAAUUCUCACGUGAGCUGCAGCCUGCAUUUGAGACCUGAUUUGGCGUUUACACGUCCCUUGUACAGAAGGAACUCGCAUGAAGAUGUACUUCGAGGUUUGUAAAUUGAUUUACAGCAUCAUGCCUUUGCAGGCGCGGUGUGACGCGUUCCGCGUUGACCGACCGCACUGCUACCUACGACGGAACUCCAUGUCUUUCACCACCAAUUUUUAUUGAAUCAGUUGUAUUUAGCCAGAACAACUUUGUCAAAAUUAACAGUCCAUCGAGCGACCGCCUCCACUGCCUGUGUAAUUGAUUUAUCGGUGUUAUUAAAGUUUCCCGUUUGAGUAAUUGUUUCCCACUCCGCACGCCAGGAGGCUCAGUUUCGUCAGCAAGUCUAUUUUUCAUACCGCCUACCACCCUGCUACGCAUUGAUAAGAUUGAGAUACGCAGACGCACCGAUUCAUGGUCGGACGCUUGGUCGAUGCCUGCCACACACUACAGCCUUACCCACACUUGAGUAACACGAACGCACGAUAGAGGUGGUGGUACACCCGUCCUUGCGACCUCCGCGUCAACACGUCUGCAGUUACAAAACCUGUGACCAAUGCCAUGCCUGCCGGUUAGAAAUGAAUCUUCUCUUCUCUGCAACUACUAAACCCAGAAUAAAGAAACGGUAGUAUCUGCCACGCGUUUUUCGAAGAAGGCAUCAACCUUCCAGACACUACAUGCUAAUGAGAAACGAAGCCUGCAGCUCUCUGUUGAAACUGUUUACUAACGAAUGUAGGAAAAAUGGCUGUACCUGAAUUACACGCGCGAUGCAAGAAGCGAAG